CACUGACUUCUCACAGGCGCUUCUUGUCUUUCCUCGUACAGCUAACAGAGUUGAUAGCUAAAUCUUGGUGUUGUCUAAGCAGACAGGAUGGGUGUAUCAGAUUUACAGUUUGAUACAAACGGUGGUCCUGUGGUGGAUCUCUCAGCUCAGGGAAUGCAGAAACUGGAUCCCAGUUUUACUUGCUCUCAGGACACUCACACUCUCAUCUUGGACCGAAACAACAUAAUGAAGCUGGAUCACAUGGAACAGAGUCCAAGCCUUCAGCAGCUAUCUGUGGCCAAUAACCGUCUGGUGAGAAUGAUGGGGGUGUGUCGGUUGACAGAGUUGAAAGUUCUCAAUCUUCCUAAUAACAGUAUUGGCUACAUCGAGGGACUACGAGAUUUGCCUCAUUUAAAAUGGCUUAACCUAUCCGGGAACAAUAUAAAAGUCAUUGAGCAGAUGAACAACUGUGUAUCCCUUCAACACUUGGAUUUGUCUGACAAUAACAUAUCUGCCAUUGGUGAUCUGACUAAACUGGUGGCAUUAAAGACACUUUUACUUCACGGAAACAGCAUUACAACACUUCGUACGGUCCCCGCUCACCUUCCUGCUCAUUUAUCCAUUCUCUCGCUGGCAGAAAAUGAGAUACGGGAUCUUAAUGAAGUGUCAUAUCUUGCGCCUCUUCAUGAACUGGAGCAGCUGUCCAUUAUGAGCAACCCAUGUGUCAUGGCCACUCCCUCCUUGCCAGGUUUUGAUUAUCGACCAUACGCCAUGAGUUGGUGCCUGAGCCUGAAGGUUCUUGAUGGUUAUGUAGUAACACAGAAAGAAGGUCUAAAGGCAGAGUGGCUCUACAGUCAGGGUAAAGGUCGCUCAUAUCGUCCAGGGCAGCACGUGCAACUGGUUCAGUACUUGGCUACAGUUUGCCCUCUGACUGCAUCACCAGCCCUGGAGACAGCAGAAGAUGCCAAACUGGAGAAAAUCCUCAGGAAGCAGAGGUUUCAUCAAAAGCAGCUGCUAAAAGAGACUCGAGGAGGCUGUCCCAGCCCUCCUCGUCCAACUCAUUUAGAUGUGGAGAGCCACAGUCCAUCACAUACGGUGCCACUGGAGGGAGUCCAAGAGGUAAAGAAAAUCACUACACCUGGACCAGCUGCAACUCUGUCAGUCCAAGAGAAGGAGCCAGUCGUGCAGUUUAACACCUGGGUGACCUGCGAUUCCUCACGUCCAUCUCUGCCGGUGGUCCAUAGCCCAAAGCUUGCAGAAGAACACAUUUCUUUAGAGGAUGUCCAGACUGAUGAAGACAAACUCAAUAGCAGCAUGCUUUCAUCAGAAUCCACCUUUCUUCCCUUCACGUCUGAUCUGGAGCCAGGAACGACCCACUCUGACAGCGAGGAUGAGACGGAGACCUUUGAGCCAGAUUCUCUGGCUCCAAAGCAGCCGGUACAACCCAGAAAGUGCAACACAAACAAGACACAUCAUUCAUCCCCAAUCGGUAAGAGUGAAAGGAAGAGUUUUGAAGAGGAAGUUAUUUCUGUUGCCACCACAACAGCUGGAUCAUCGGCAGUCAGAGUCGUUGCACAACAUGAUCCAGAAGCAGUCUCUGACUUUGGUAAAUCAGAAAUUAAAGAAGCCUCUAAGCAGGAGGAAGUGCAUGCUUGUGUCAGUAAAACAAGUUUGAUGGAAGCAGAUAGGGCAGCGAUUAAAAUACAGUCAUGGUGGCGGGGGCACUACACGCGAAGUUGUCACCCUGAGGCCAGAGAGGUGCGCUGUGAAAUCCGUCUGCGGAGGAUGCAAGAACACAUCCUCUUUCUUUCUGACAAGUUGGACACUGUGCAGAAGCAGUAUGAGGAGGAGAGAUUGCAAAGGCUGGUUCAGGAAGAGGCUGUAAAGUUUCUGUGGAAAGAGCUCCAGUCCAUGCAGCAGUGGAAGCGGUCCAUGGAGCAUCAGCUGACAGUUGUUACACAGGCCGUCACUGCAGCUCACGCCUCAUCUCCUGCAUUUUGUAAGGCAGCCCCACCUGCUGCUCCCAGCACAACCAACCUACCCAGCACUGACAUUUCCUUCCCAGACUCUGGCUUCCAGUCUACCAGCGAGCAGCGACAGCUGCAGGAGGACAGCUUCCUGAGCAGCGGAACAGCUGAUUCUCUGAAGACGGUGCGAACUCUGAGCCCCGUUCGAAUAAGCUUCGAACAAGACUCAGAAGCUGGUGGUAAUGAUGGUGCGGACAGUGCAGACUGCAGCCUGCUGGCGCAAUACCUGUCUUCUGUACAGCAGAGAGAGGAGGAGGCUGAGGAAGUGACUGGGCACAGAACAGAAACACCACAGCCCUCCUCACCAGCGUCACCCAGCAGGACGACAUCCGUCAACUCCCCCACACAGAAAACGGCAGAGACAGCUGCUGGUUCUGCCUGAGAGUCCUCACCUUCUUCACAGCUCUUCAGAGCUGCUGAAUGUGUGUAAAUUAGAAUGUAAAAUCCAGACAUGUCACUUCCUCUUGAGACUUUCAUCUGAAAACUGCACUCAUCUAGAUUACUGACCCAGAUCCUGCAGUUUUUAUUUGUUUCUGCUAUUCAUUAAGACUGAAACCCAGAACAAGCUUGAAACAGGACCUCAAUGUGAAUGUAACUCAAUGUUUUAUACCACCUGUUCUUUUGUUUUUGGACAUUUCUCUUUUUUUUUCGUAAAGACGUUGGGAUGUAGCAUAUGAGUAUUGUUAAAAGCUAUUUUUUGUUUGCAGGUUAUCGCCUAGACUGAUAAAAGUCAGACAUGUUGUAACCUUUUUAUUUAUUGCAAUUAGAUUUUUGUGAAAUAUAAUAAAUAGAAAUCAUUAAAGCCAUUGCACUUGUAACAACAGAUAUAUUACACAUCACUUGGUAUAGUGCCAGUCACAAGCCUGUUUUCUCUCAUCUGUUGGUUUUGGUCAACAUUAUCUGAUAAUUAAUAGAAAAAUGUUGUGGUACUCUAUAGAACAUUUUAAAUAAAUAUGCAAUUAUACAUUCAGAAAUGUUCUUAUUUUGGGGUUAUUAGAAUUGUAAGAAACAUAACCACAUCUUAUAUUUUCCAUCUGUUUAUUUAAUUAAUUUAAAAUUAGUUUUUAAGCAAUGCAAGGCUUUUGUCAACUCACAAAGUUGAUUUUAUUAGUAUGUAUUUUAAUCAAAAAGACUCAUAAAGGUGAUUCUGUACCUUCCUUAAGACUAAUGAGCUGGUAACUUUACAGUUUUAGAUGUAAAAUUAAAGUGAUACAUAUUUUUUUUCCAGUCAGGCAGUUUAGACAUGUGACUCAGCAAAAUGAAACAUUUCAUUUAGUUUCCUUUUCAUUUAUUAACUUCUGUAAAAUGUGAUCAUAAAACACAAUUUUGGAUUUUUAUACCAGUUACACUUGAUUUCAUAUGAUAAGGAAGUAAAGUUAUCGUUUGGGCUGUGUGAAUAGAAGUUAGCACAGUGAGGUGCAAGAAAAUAUUCCACCUUGAAAA